AUGAUAUGGUCUAGUGGGGUAUCUGAGGAGUUUGAGACAACUGAGGCUGGAGCAAAUGUGCUUCUGCAAGAUGUUAAUGGAAAUAUUGCACUUGAUUAUGCUGUAGAAGGUACUGAAUCUAGUGGCAUCCUUCUGAUGUACUUGGAAGAAAAUGGUGUAGAGCUGAAUUCAUUGCGCCAAAUGAAGAUACAGAGACCUAUGACAAUGCUUACAGAUGUCCAACAGCUCAUAUCAAGUGGAGGAAGCGUGAAUCAAAAGAAUGAUGAAGGAGUUACCCUGCUGCAUGUGGCCUGUGCUAAUGGAUACAAGAAUGUUGCAUCUCUGAUACUGGAUCAUGGGGCUGAUCUCAAUGUAGUGGAUAAUCAGUACUGGACACCCCUACAUUUAGCUGCAAAGUAUGGACAG